AUGGAGGAAGGUCUGCAAGGGGCUGGACAGGAUGAAGAGGCUGCCCUGGGCCAGCAGCAGCUGGUUGACGCCCCAGCCCGGGGCCCCAAAGGACAGAUGCCCCUGCAGAGGACAGUUACUGGGCCGGCAGCCCCGAGGAAGACGUCCCCAGCAGCGGACGAGGACCGCACGGCACCGCCGUUUGGCGUUCGGCCGAAGCCCGAGGCCUGCAGCACCUCGGGCUAUGUGGAACGGUGCCCACGCUGGGAGCUGAUGUUCCAGUGGGUCCCCACUGCCCGGACUGCCGCCCUGUGGACGAAGCUUCCAGAACAUGAACUCAGACAGAUUCAGACCAGAGCGGCCAGGUCAUUUUCUGACCGCUUGUAUGAUGACUUUGACCAGUUUGAUAAGCCUGGUGCAGAGCGGUCCUGGAGAAGAAGAGCUGCUGAUGAGGAUUGGGACAGUGAACUUGAAGAUGACUUACUUGGAGAAGAUUUGCUGUCUGGCAAAAAGAAUCAGUCGGAUUUGUCAGAUGAAGAGCUGAAUGAUGAUCUUUUACAGAGUGAUAAUGAAGAUGAGGAAAAUUUCAGUUCUCAAGGUGUCACAAUUAGUCUCAAUGCCACCUCUGGCAUGGUUACAUCGUUUGAGCUGUCUGACAACACAAAUGACCAAUCUGGAGAACAAGAGUCUGAGUACGAACAAGGAGAGGAUGAAGUAGCCUACCACAAACCUGACGGACGAGAAUUGUAUACUCAGGAAUACACAGAGGUAGGACAGUAUGAAGGCCACGGUACAGAAUUAACAGAAGACCAAAUAGAAUAUGGGGAAGAGCCGGAGGAGGAGCAGCUGUACAGUGAUGAAGUGCUGGACAUCGAAAUCAAUGAACCUUUAGAUGAAUUUACAGAUGAAGAAUACUUGCAGGCUUAUGGUGGGCACCAAAGGCUGCGAGCACAGGAAGACUGUGCGGCUGAAGAUGACUUAGAUGAGAUUACUGAUUCCCAGGUUGCUCCUGAGACCCACGAGGGAGGUAUGGAAACCCUGGAACUGCAGAAGGAUAUUAAAGAAGAGUCAGAUGAAGAAGAUGAUGAUGAUGAAGAAUCUGGUCGAUUACGUUUUAAAACUGAAAGAAAAGAAGGAACAAUUAUUAGGCUCUCAGAUGUAACUAGAGAGAGGAGGAACAUUCCAGAAACUUUGGAGCUUUCAGCAGAAGCCAAAGCUGCGUUGCUUGAAUUUGAAGAAAGAGAGAGACAGCAUAAACAAGGACGCUAUGGUUCCCGGCGAGGAGGAAGACGAGGAGGCUCUCUGAUGGGCCGUGGAGUGGGAGACCAGAGGCGAGAGAGCAAUGAGAGGGGAAGGAUGAAAGACCACAGGCCAGCCCUGCUUCCUACGCAGCCCCCUGUCCUGGCUCACUCUCCGAGGCUAAUCCCUCCUCCACAGCCACCCCCACCCCCGCCCCCACCCCCACCCCAGCAGCAGCCAAUCAGAAGUCUGUUCCAGCAGCAGCAGCUCCAGCCCCUGCUCCCCCUGCAGCACCCCCACCACCCCUCCCCGCCACAGGGCGUUCACAUGCCCCCGCCAAUGGAGGCUCCGAGGAUGAUGCUUGCCCCACCCCCCGUGACCCCGCAGCAGCCCAAGAACAUCCACAUCAACCCGCACUUCAAAGGCACCGUGGUGACCCCUGUUCAAGUGCCCUUGCUGCCAGUUCCGAGCCAGCCGAGGCCUGCUGUGGGACCACAGAGAUUCCCAGGCCCCCCAGAAUUUCCACAGCACACACCUGGACCUGUGCCCAACAGUUUCAGCCAGCCCCCCCGACUUCCUCUGCAGGACCAGUGGAGAGCCCCACCCCCACCCCAGGAUCGAGACCCUUUCUUCUUGGGAGUUUCAGGUGAACCGAGGUUCCCCAGUCAUCUUUUCUUGGAACAGCGAAGUCCUCCUCCACCGCCGCCUCCUCCCACACUACUGAACAGCAGCCACCCUGUUCCUGCUCAGAACCCCUUACCGUUCACUCAGCCGGGACCAGCAUUCAAUCAGCAAGGACAGCAGCCAGUGUUCCCGAGAGAAAGGCCCGUAAGGCCAGCCUUGCAGCCCCCAGGUCCAGUGGGGAUCCUGCACUUUAGCCAGCCAGGGUCAGCAGCCUCUCGGCCUUUCAUUCCUCCUAGACAGCCGUUUCUGCCCAGCCCUGGACAGCCCUUCCUGCCCUCACAUGCGCAGCCCAGCCUGCAGGGGCCUCUGCACCCUCCAUUGCCACCUCCUCAUCAGCCGCAGCCCCAGCAGCCCCAGCAGCAUCAACACCAGCCUCCACACCAGCCCCCGCUGCAGCCGCCACACCAGCCCCCUCCACCGCACCAGCCACCUCCGACGCACCAGCCUCCUCCACAGCACCACCACCACCUCUCUGCUCCCCCGCCUCCCUUGAUGCCCAUGUCUCAGCCGCAGUUCCGGCCGCAUGUGCAGACUGCCCAGCCUCAGCCCAACAGCAGUCGGAUGCAGUGUGCCCCACGCCAGGGCCCGCGCCACAAUGCAGCCUCUCAGAAUGUAACCAAACGGCCCAUGCAGCAGAUGCAGCCCACAGCUCCCAGAAACAGUAAUUUGCGCGAAUUACCCAUAGCACCAUCGCACGUUAUGGAAAUGAGCAGCAGUCGGUGCUCCUCCACGCCUGCGGCUCAGGUGAAGCCCAUGGUCAGCACAUCCCCACCCUCCCGGGCCUCCGUGACCUCCAGGAGCUCACAGGGAAAGACGGAAGCCAAGGUCAAGCCUAUUAGCCCUGGGGCUCAACCAAAGGAAGAAGCAAAAGCAGAACCCGAGUUUCCUGAUGAAGAUGAAGAAACAAGGUUAUAUCGCUUAAAGAUAGAAGAGCAGAAGCGCCUGAGAGAAGAAAUCUUGAAACAGAAGGAGCUACGACGGCAGCAGCAGGCUGGUGCCAGGAAGAAGGAGCUGCUGCAGAGACUUGCACAGCAGCAGCAGCAGCAGCAGCAGCAGCAGCAACUGUAUGCUCCACAGGCUCCCGUGGAGCAAGAGGAGCAGGCGGCCGCACCCUCACCCACCAAUGGUAACCCCCUGCUGCCUUUUCCAGGUGCCCAGGGCAGGCAGAAUGUGAAAACUAGACUUCUUGUUAAAAACCAAGAUGUUACUAUUGCAAAUGUUCAGCCGAAGACAUCAGACUUUGCCCCAUGUGGUGCUAAUGUGCAGUAUCCAGGACAGCAGAUGAAACCACUGAAGCAGUUGAGGCCUGCUAGAACAGUACCUCAGAGUCAGGCCCAGUCGCCGCACAGAGUACUCCAGAUCAAACCUGUGGACGUGGAGGAGCAGCUCCCCCAACAGGUGCCCCGAGCAACACCCCUCCAAGGCCGGCCACAGGACAUGAAGCCAGGUGUGAAGAGGACUGUCAUGCACAGGGCCGGUGGCGGUGGUGGAGAUGGACCGCAUGUCAGCUCCAAAGUCAGGGUGAUCACGUUGUCAGGGGGGCAGGGAGGAGAGAGCGAUGGCUUUUUCCAUCCCGAGACCCAGGCCCAGCGGCUUCCUCAGCCUUCGGAAGUGAGACCGCAGCCCGCCCGCAAGGUGACGCUGACUAAGGGACCCCCCCAGCCACCCCCGCACCUGCCAGCGGGGCCGCACACGCACUCAGCUGUUCCUCCUGGGAUCAAAAGCAUCCAAGGCAUUCACCCGGCCAAGAAGGCUGUUAUGCAUGGACGGGGCCGAGGACUGGCAGGCCCCCUGUGCCGGGGGCGCCUGAUGCCCAAUAAGCAGAACCUGCGGGUGGUGGAGUGCAAGCCGCAGCCCUGUGUGGUGUCCGUGGAGGGCUUGUCUUCAUCUACCACUGAUGCCCAGCUGAAGAGCCUGCUGAUGUCCGUGGGGCCCAUCCAGAGUUUACAGAUGCUUCCCCAGCAGCGGAAAGCCAUCGCAAAGUUCAAGGAGCCAGCCCAUGCGCUAGCAUUUCAGCAAAAGUUCCACAGGCACAUGGUCGACUUGUCUCACAUUAACGUGGCCCUGAUUGUAGAGUGAUUUCCCCAGUCGGGCCUCACACUGCACACACUGUGGAAUUUCCUCCAGGAGGCUGCUGGCCAGCGGGACCCAAGGAGCACAAGUCUCCAGUGCCCAGCCGGCUAACUGUUGUUCGGGACACCAGCCAGCCACAGGGUCAUUCCAGAAGAUCUGAACUGUGGGGAUGUGAUGAGCCAAGUCUGGUGUUAGGUUGCUUCCAGUUCUGUUGUCAGAACUCCAGUCCUCCUUUUCUUUUGUUUUCCAAGUGCUUACAGUGCAUGUAGACCCUGUUCUUGGUGACCUCCUGUGUGAUCGGCCACAGCAACUUAGGUUCAGGAAAGAACGUCACUGGCACAUGUUUUGAGUGGUUUCCAUAGCAAAGAAUACUUGAUAAUGGUUGCACUUAUCUUCAGUGCAGGCUAGAGCAGAGCGUUGUACCAGGCUUAACUGGAGCUGGUUGCUCAGAAAGCCCUGAAAGGCUCUGCUAAAAACGUAAGAUAAAUUUGGGUGAUUUUGGAUUGGUGUGGGCACGCCCUGGAAAGCAUGGUGUGAGUGGGCGUUGGGGGGGCGCCAUGGAAGUGGAAGUGGCCAUUCUGCUUCUUGUAAAUGUCUCCCACACGCCAGCAGCGCCUUCCAGAGUCCCAGGUGAGCACUCGCAGACAAACCCGGUGCCGCUGGGCCCAGGGCCCUGCACCCCGGACGGGACAGCUCUGCCGCCUCCGGGCGGGCCUCUCGAGGCCCGGCAGCCUGCCUUGCCCAGUUGAGGUGCAUUUGGAGGGCGGCAGAUCUACUUUGAGUUUUCUUUUAAAGGCAGCCCUGGGUGGCGUGUCUGUGUUGCCCGCCGGGUGAUGUGCACAGUCACGGUCACUGCUUUUUUUUUUUUAAACCUUUGUUU